AUGACUCAGACAAUAGAUGUGUGUUCACUGAUUUUGAACCAAAAUAAUAUUUCAUGCGAUCUGUUCACCAUACCAAUUCUGGUAUCUGGCUUCCCAACAACUGUUGAUACUUCAAAGACAGAUUGGGACGUCUUACGUUUAUCACGUUACAAACUGUGCAAGAAAACAAAGACAACUAUUUUGUGCAUAUUUCAAAUAUUGGAAUUCAUCUUAAAAUCGAUAAAAUAUCAAACCAAGUGUUUGAAAAUUUCCUAUCGUACUAACGAAUUUCAUAUAAAUAAAGAAAACUGCGAUGCUAAUGAAUAUUAA